CUGCCCGAAUGGGCGCCCAGCUGCGUCUGAUACUUUCCCUUUUCUUUACCUUUGGAGUCUGGGCAGGAAGGUAAGGUAAGGUAUCUAAAUGGUAAGGUAGACAGGCACCUACCUGACUCCCAUCCUUCCUGCUCUUUGGCUCAAACAAUUUGUUUUGAUUCUUCCCCGUCAUUUUUGGCGUCUCAUCAAACACGGCAUGACGGCCUAUCUCGCCCCUUCCCACUUCAUUCUUUACCACAGACUACAGUACCUACCUACCUUGGGUUGGCAGUCACGCAGUGUUCCCCCUUUCCCUUGGCUCUGUGCUCCAUUUCUCUUGAAUCUUCCCCUCGUCCUGCCCUUGUCGACCCUCUCUCAUUUGCAUUUCCCUCACGUAUUCCUUUGCCUUUCCCCUCUUUUUGCCUUUUGCUCUAUUCCUGAUUUUACCAUGAUUUUCUUCAUCAAUUUUCCCGCCUCGGCGCAGACCCGGCAAUACAGCGAUGCCUUAGUACCUGGUUGAUGAGUUGGCGUCCUUCUUAUCUCCCACCCGAGUCACCUCUCACCUCCAGCCUCCCCAGAUUCGGCGUG